CGUUGAUGAAAAAGAAGACAUCGAACUGUACAAUACGUACAACGAAACGAAAGCUUCUAUCGUGGAACGUCUCAUUCGUACUCCGAAGACCAAAAUGUGGCGUUAUUUUACUGCCAAGAAAACCAUGAGAUAUGUGGACAUGUUACCCGAUUUGGUAUAUUCUUACAAUCAUAGUGUUCACCGUAGCAUAAAAACAAAACCCGCGGAAGUAAUUGCUGAAAACGAAAAGAAAGUGUGGCACACUCUGUAUGAUCAUGACGCCGUGAAAAAUGUAAAGUACAAGUUUAAGAUUGGUGAUCAAGUUAGAAUUAGCAAGAUGAAACGAACGUUCGAAAAAGGGUACUUGCCAAAUUUCUCAAAAGAGAUCUUUAUUAUAAGCAAGCAAAUACCUCGCAAUCCUCCAGUGUACAAACUAAAGGAUCUGGACGGUGAAGAACUCAAAGGAACGUUUUACGAACAAGAGCUGCAAAAGGUGAUCAAAGAAGAUGACGUGUACGAAAUUGGGAAAAUCUUGAAGAAACGUGGACGUGGCAAUAACGUACAUUAUCUUGUAAAAUGGUUAGGGUACCCAAAUAAAUUUAAUUCAUGGGUAUCCGCUUCUGAAAUAAAUAAGAUUUAA